CGGUACCAGAUGAUUGCCCGGUGCUGAAGUGAGAGGAAGACAGUGUGGAAACUGUGGGACAGAUUGGGAACAUAUCAGAGCCACAUAGAGCAGCAGCAGGGGUCCUCCAGGCAGCAGAAGCAACAUGAUGCGACCAGGAGCCAAGCAGUAUGUGGUGGCCCGGCCGCUGUACUCAGAGGAGGCGUUCGCCGAGGAGCACGAAAAGGUUUACAGGCACCACAAAACCAUGUUGGACCAUGUUAAACAGUCCCUCAGAUGUGACGCCAGACGAGCCAAGAAUGCUGCUCUGUCUCUUCUGCCAGUGAUUGGCUGGAUGAAGAUCUACAGAAUCAGAGAGUGGCUCCUCAGUGACAUCGUGUCGGGUGUCAGCACAGGACUGGUGGCUGUCCUACAAGGUUUGGCCUACUGUUUGCUGGCUUCUCUGCCACCUUGGUACGGCCUUUUCACGGCCUUUUUUCCAGUUGUCAUCUACUUUUUCCUGGGCACUUCAAGACACAUCUCAGUGGGCCCGUUCCCAGUCUUGUGUCUGAUGAUUGGCUCGGUGGUCACGAGGUUUGCUCCCGACGAGGGGCCGCCUCUCAACAUCACAGCGUUUGAAAAUCUGUCGAUCGACGCACAGAGAGUGCUGGUGGCUUCCUCUGUGACCUUCCUUGUUGGUGUCAUGCAGCUGGCUAUGGGGGUCCUACAGGUGGGCUUUGUUGUCAUGUACCUGUCCGACACAUUGGUUUCAGGCUUCACCACAGCUGCAGCAAUUCACAUCCUAGUUUCCCAGCUAAAGUUUGUGCUGGGGCUCCAAGUCCCAGGCAUCAACGGACCACUUUCACUCAUCUACACCCUGGAGAUCAUUUUCAAGCAGAUAACAUCCAGCAAUGUGUGUGACGUGGUGAUCGCGCUGGUGAUCAUGCUGGUGGUAUUUGUCGUGAAAGAACUAAACGACAGGUUCAAAUCCAAGCUACCUGUGCCUAUCCCAAUAGAGGUUAUCAUGACUGUUAUUGCAUGUGGAGUUUCUUAUGCUUUCGACUUCAAGACGAGAUAUGGCAUCGAUGUUGUUGGCUACAUUCCAAAGGGGUACGAGGCUCCAGUGGCCCCAAACAUCCAAAUCAUCCAGGAGUCAGCAGUGGAAGCAUUUCCAAUGGCUAUAGUGGGCUUUGCUGUGGCUUUCUCUGUAGCUAAAGUGUACUCUAUAAAACAUGAUUACACAAUAGAUGGGAACCAGGAGUUGAUAGCCUUUGGAGUUAGCAACAUUUUUGGAGCUUCUUUCAAGGCUUUUGCAGCGAGUACAUCUCUUUCCAGAAGUGCAGUACAAGAAAGUACAGGGGGGAAAACUCAGGUGGCUGGUUUACUUUCAGCUAUCAUCGUCAUGAUCGUCACCUUGGCGGUUGGAUUUCUUCUGGAGCCGUUACCAAAGUCUGUGCUGGGUGCAGUGAUCAUCAUCAACCUGAAGGGCAUGCUGACCCAAGUCAGAGAAGUCCCAUAUCUGUGGAGAAGAGACAAACCAGACUGUGUGGUGUGGGUGGGAACGUGCCUGGGUGCCACUUUGUUGGGACUGGAUCUUGGUCUGGCCUUGGGAUUGGGCGUAGAGCUGCUCAGUGUCAUCUUCAGGGUUCAAUUCCCCCACUGUUCCAUCUUAGCUAACAUCCCUGGGACUGACUUCUACAGAAAUCGCAAAGAUUACCUGCACAUGUUUGAACCAAAAGGGAUAAAAAUCUUCCGGGUACCUUCACCUAUCUUCUUUGCCAAUGUUGAUUUCUUCAGGAAGAAGAUGAUAGAAGCUGUUGGGUUUAACCCCCUGAGGGUUUUGCAGAAGAGGAACAAGGCCAUCAAAAAAAUCAAAAAAAUGUUGCAGGAAAAAGAUCAGGAUAUUAAAGAGAAAGGAAUAAGGGAUUUGUUCUGCCAAACAACCGAUAACUCUAAAGUGAACCUGGACGAGGUGGAUCUGCCAACAGAUCUCAAGGACCUUCCAUUCCACAUAAAUUGGAAUGCUGACCUUCCUUCUGAGAUCAAUGUUCCCAAAGUGGAUCUCCACAGUAUGAUCCUGGAUUUCUCUGCUGUCUCCUUCCUGGACAUUUCCGGCAUGAAGGGACUCAAAAUGGCACUCAAAGAGUUCAUCCAAAUUGAAGUGGAUGUUUACAUCGUUUCAUGUGAUGCCUUAAUACUGGAGAAACUGCACGAUUGUAUGUUCUUCGAUGAUCAGAUCGUGACCUCCAUGUUCUUCCCAACCCUACAUGAUGCCAUGCUGCAAGCACUUGAGAAAGACAAAGACGGAGGCAGAAGCUGGGAGAACAUGUUGAAUAAGUUCAGCUCCUUACCCUCAGUGCAUGUGGCUUGUUUCUGGACGUCCAUCACCUCCCUCGACCCACCAGCAGACCUGGUCUCUUUAAAUUCGGCAAUUCAGCCAGAGGACAUUAAUUCUUCUCCGUGCACGGUUUCAGAUCCAAGCCUGGCGGUUUGA